GAGCUCUGGCUCAUGGAGCAGCAGGCUCAGCACCGGAGGGGCACGGGUGGUCCUGGGACCCCACCAUCGGCCUUCGAGCCUGCUGUAGGCCAGCGAGGCCCGACUGCCUUUGUCCCGAGGCCUGGGCCUCUGCCUCGAAACCUCUGUGGGCAGAGGUCCCGAGAUGAAGGUGACCCUGGCGCCCAGCCCUCCUGCGCGAGCGGGCUGAUGCGGCGAAAUGCCGUCAGCUGUUCAUACAGCUCCACCGGAGGGUUACCAGGACCGGGGAGAGGUGCGGCCACGACGCGCCCCAGGCCACUUCUCGGGUCCUCCACAAAUCCAGAGGAGAAGGGCGUCCGGGAUUCACGUUCAGCCCCAGAAGUCUCCCAGGAGACUGGGAACAAGAAAACGGCAGACGUCACACCAGGGCAGGCAGAAACAAGGAGGGAUUGCGUGCUUACGAUGGAGGGAGCCGGGCCAGGAAUACGUAAGAUCCCCCUUCUGAGGCGCAGGCGAGGGGACCCGCUGGUGCUACCGUCACCUCCCGAGCUAAGCUACCAGGUGACGGCUGAACACACAGCUCGGGAGAAGGAGGCAGCACUGCUUCGUCAACAGGAUGCUGAUGGCCACAGCCCCGGCCCCCAGCUCCUCGGUGACAUCUUUUCCAUCUCCUGCUGCUGGCAAGGACGACAUCGGGAGAGGCAAGACUCCUGCCUUGCCCGGGCCUUCAGUUGGGCAAGCCUUACCCCAGAGGAAGAAAAAGUGGGGGCCCACGAAGAGUGGGGGAGAUCCAGGCCCGCAGAGGCCCAGGGCCUCUCAGGGAGCAGCGGCAGGUCCCGGGUCUGCCUUCCCAGCACCUCCAGGAUGGAGUCCUCACCCCUCCUGCUGCCUUGCAGAGCCACUCUCAUGCCGCUGCCCAGGUCUCCCAAAGUCGUUCGACCUCUGCUUCUGCUCAGGGUGGCAGCGCCUCAGCUGGUGACUGUGCCGUGCCCAGGGGCAGUGCAGCCGAAGCCUCCACUCUGCCAGCAUUGAGUUCCAGCCACCAGGCCAC